GGAAACUUGUUGCAAUAUUGCAUUAGCCAUAACAGCUAGCAGGUAGCAACGUUAGCCAGUCAGUAGUAUCAGCAGCAGUCGUAGCAGUAGCAGAGAAACUCGUGUUCCGUCCACUCACCAAUGACAGGGACACUAAACUCACAAAUAUGCGCCUGGACACUGACUGAUAUUUGGCUGGCUGCAUCUUCCUACCGCUACCAACAACGCUCUGUGGAGCUCGCUCUGAUCUGAAAAGCCCAGCAACUUAACUCUCGGCUAUGGAUCCUGACCGACAGAAACGAAGGGAGGAGAUUCAGAAGGCAAUGAGCUUUAUCCAGUCAUCACUGCCUUUCCCAGAGCCAGAGAGUUAUGAGGCAUUUCUGACACAGUUGGUGUGUAACUUGCUGGACGAGGGUAAUUCUUGUUUUCGAGAUGAAGACUGGCGUCAAGCAGCCCAGCAGUAUGGAGAGGGGAUCAGCGUUGCUCGAUACGCCCAGGCAGAGGCACUCGUCAUUCCCCAUGAGCUGCUCGAGAGCCUCUACGUAAACAGGGCUGCUGCCUACUACCAGACGAGGGACUAUGACCGCGGUGUUCAGGACUGUGACAGUGCACUGUGCGUAUCAGAAGGCAGUCGCAGGGCUCUGUUCCGAAAAGCACUCUGUUUGAGGGAGCUGGGACGCCUCAGAGAAGCUUACGAAUGUGGAACCAAGUGUCUCCUCACAGCACCACACGACAGACAGGUGAGUGACCUUGCCCAGGAUCUAGCCAACAAACUGGGCCUGAAGGGUCGGAAAGCCUAUGUCAGCCCGCAAACUGAGUCCUCAGCCACAGAAGGGGAGAGUCAUGGGGAGACCUCCCCACCCACUGGAGAGAUGUCGGCCAAUGGGCUGGAAUCUCUGGGAGACAUUGGACCAGCUGACCUCUCCAGCGCACAGUGCAUCCCUGCUCCUUUGGCCACACCCAUCCCAGUAAGCGAUGACCCGGCAACCACUGUGGUAACCUCGUGCACUGACUUGUCGGAGAGCCCCAGCAGCCAGGUCCUGCCUCCCAUGCCGUACUCUGUCCCAGUGUCCGAGCACAUGGAUGAAUGCAGCAGCAGUGUCAUUAAAGACGAGCUGGACAGCCUGUUGGAAUGCAUCCCCAAAAAAGUCAGUGAGAAUCCAGUUCAGGGUGCUAUCCCUACCAACCUUCCCAACACAGCAGUUGGUCUCCGGCCUCCUUACUCACCUAGCCUUCCAGCCCCAUCACCCCAGCUUCCCCAAGCCUUCUUCAGCUCCUCCAUCAGUGAAAUGCCCUCUCUGGAGCCUUACUCACCGCUGCGGGAUCAGAGCUCCACCCAGGCGCAGGACGCACUGGGAGGCUUCUCCACAGGGGCCACAGAUGGAGAAGGGAAGGCAGGAGUCGCCGCAGGCGGGCUUGACUCAUUGUCUGAGUACACUCUCCCUGGGGGACGAGUGUGUCACAGCUUCAUCCCUGGAAUGCGCAACCACAGUGCUGCACAUGCAAAUGGCCCAGCAGGAACCAACCUCUCUCUGUUCUCCAGGAAUCCUCUGGCAGCCACACAUGAGUUUCGGCAGGCCUGUCAUGCCUGUUACAGCCGAAUAGGUCCGCGAGUGAUGGACUACAAGUAUCAGCCAGAGGCAGCACACCGCUGCAAGAGAGAUGUACUGCUGUGUCGUCUCAAAAACACAGAUGACCCUACCUGGAAAAGGAUCCGGCCCAGACCUGCACGGAACAACUUCUUGGGGGCGUUUGUUCUUUGUAAAGAGGUGCAGGAACGUCAGGAGUGCCAGUAUGGGGAGAACUGUACAUUUGCAUACUGCCAGGAGGAGAUUGAUGUGUGGACACAGGAGAGGAAGGGAGCGCUGAGCCGAGAGCUGCUGUUUGAUCCGCUGGGCAGCACCGAACGACGGGCGCUCAGCGUCACCAGACUACUGCAGCUCCACAUGGGCAUGUUCAUGUUCCUCUGUGAGGAAUGUUUUGACAGUAAGCCUCGCAUCAUCAGCAAACGCAGCAAAGAAAACUUAGCAGUCUGCUCAAACCUCACAGCUCGACACCCAUUCGACGAUAACAAGUGCCUGGUGCACGUGGUGAGGUCAGCCAACGUGCGCUACAGUAAGGUCCGACCGCUGCACCCCCUCUGCCAGUUUGAUGUUUGCCGCCAUGAGGUUCGCUACGGCUGCCAGCGAGAGGAUAGCUGCUCCUUUGCUCACUCUGUCAUUGAGCUCAAAUGCUGGGUUCUUCAGCAGGACACUGGUAUCACCCAUGAAGAAAUGGUGCAGGAGUCCAAGAGACACUGGCAAAGGCUGGAGCAGAAUGCACAGAAGCAGCAGAAGCCUGUCCAUUUAUCCCAUCCAAACAGCAGCGUGUCUGUCGGAGGGCUAGGGGGAAUGGGGGGAGGUGGAGUUGGUGGAGACGGCAUGGGUGGGGGUGGUGUGAGUCCAGUGGGAGGGGUUGGGGUGGGAGGGUUAGGAGCUGGGGCGGGUAGGGGGCGGCCCCUGAACCUGAAAAUGAAGUUUGUGUGUGGUCAGUGCUGGAGAGAAGGUCAGGUCAACGAGCCUGAUAAAAACCUCAAGUACUGCACAGCGAAGGCGCGGCACAGCUGGACAAAGGAACGCCGGGUCUUGCUGGUGAAAUCAUUUGAAAAGAAGAAGUGGGUUGUUGUUCGGCCUCUUCCUUUCUCUCGCACCUAUCCACAGCAAUAUGACAUGUGUGUGCAUGUGAUGAAGCAGAAGAAGUGCCACUAUAUUGGGAACUGCUCCUUCGCGCACAGUCUUGAGGAGAGGGAUGUCUGGACAUACAUGAAGAACAACAGCUUGAGAGACAUGCAACAGAUGUACGAAUUGUGGCUGCAGCUCACCAAUCAGAGUAGACGCACAGAUAACUCCGCUGUGACCCCUCCCCCAGAGGACAAGCAGGUCACCAUAACAGCAGAUUACACAGAAGGCAUGGGAGGCCGGCGAAUGUCAGAUGGAGAUGACCUCUAAAUGUUGCUGUGUUGACUAGAGGCUGCUGAUCGCCACUGAGCUGCAGACAGAGAGCUAGGCCUGCCACACCAGCUACAACCGAAUAGUCUGUCGUCUUGCCAGUCUGACCUCCUCUAGGAUCUGUGAGAAAGCAAAUGGACACAAAAAAUGGUUGACCCCACCUUCAUAUAUGUAUACACACAGACUUACACACAACACACAAAUCACAGGCACGAUUUAACACAAAAAUAAAGCUUUGUGAGUAAAAUACAGGACUUCGGCUUUAGCAUUUUGUUUAAUACCAUGCUGCAGUUACAUAAGGCACUCUUAGGCUCCCCUUCAGCAGAUUGUACCACAGAAUUUCCAUAGACAAUUAAUUCUGCUCUUACUAAAAUAAUCUACUGGUGCACCCCAGUGUUAUGACUGAGCAUCUGUGUCCACCAGGUACCUAUUUUCUUUUUCUUCUCAAAAAUCCUAGCACUGAAACAGUACUUGGAUGGGCGCGCUGGUCGCAGCUCUUACAUUUUGCUUGUUCAAACCCAACUAAAGCUCAGCACUCUUACAAUAAAGUUGGAAUUUCAACUUUAGAGUGUGAAAAAGGCAAAGUUAUCAGUGCUAAUUAUUGUUGUGAAGCCUGAAGCAUUGGAAAAACAGCUUCUUGGUGGACACACCUUGCUGAGCUCUGUAACGACCAAAUCCUAUUCUCUUUCCAUCAUGGGAAUUCUGUAAGAGGGUCAGAGCAACUUUAUGGAGAUGGAUUUAGAGCAUUUUUUUUUUCAAGGGGAGCUAAACUUCCCUGUUAUAUUGUCUGCCAUAUUGGUAGAACACUAUGAAUGUAACGCCUGCAUGGGCCUUUAAAAUGAGGAAUUUGGUAGAAAUUAAAACAUUGCUGUGGUGGAAUAUGUGUGAGUAGACUUACAUGCUCAACAAAUUUGUGUAAUAUGACAGUA